AUGCAGACUCCCCUGCUCCCCGACCGAGCCCCAAGGUCACCUUUGGGCAUGUCUGAACGCUCCGCUGCUCCUGGCAAUCUGCAGAUGGAAGGCUCUGCUGGAGCCACGGGAGGAGGUCCAGAGGGGGUCCAGAGGGGGUCCAGAGGGGGUCCAGAGGGGGUCCAGAGGGGGUCCAGAGGGGGUCCAGAGGGGGUCCUGCCUGCCCCAGUGAUGGGUGGGGACAGGGUGACACGGCAGACCCUAGUGUGA